AUGAAGGACACCGCAAACCGCCGCUACCGGUCUCAACGACCCUGGAUGAUGGAUCACGGCGUGGUAGACGAGGAAGCCCCCAUUGACCCGCGGCUCAAAAAUCGGACCUUCCCAGCCGAUCAGGACUUUGAAGGUCAUCGAGCGCACACCGUUUUUGUUGGCGUCCACAUCCCGGGCUCAUCCCGGCGCCAUUCCCAGCGUCGCCGACACAAGCACCACCAGGCGAGCCGGGAAAGUGGUGACAAAGGCAGUGGAGGAUCGGAAUCGGAUCGGCCGGUCACAGUGAAACCUCACAUCGUCACACAACGAAGAAUCAGCAUCGUUGAUGAUGGCGAAUCUUUAACGCCACCCGCACAACGCGUUCAGUUCAUCCUGGGCGGUGAGGUCGCCGAAGGUGAUGGUCAGCAUGAGUCGCACCCUUUGUUCUCCGAGAUGGAGGAGCUGGUCAAGGAGGGCGAUGAGAUGGCCUGGAAGGAGACGGCACGCUGGGUAAAGUUUGAGGAGGACGUGGAAGAAGGUGGCAACAGGUGGUCAAAACCACACGUGGCCACUCUUUCGCUGCAUUCGCUGUUCGAGCUGCGGAGCUUGCUGCUGAACGGAACCGUCAUGCUGGACAUGGAAGCGAUCAGCCUGGAGCAGAUCGCGGAACUGGUGUGCGAGAACAUGGUCAACUCGGGCACGCUUCCGGUGGAGGCCCGAGACAAGGUGAUCGACGCGUUGCUUAAGCGCCACAAGCACCAGCACGAGUUUAGCAACAAGAAAAGCCGACUGCCACUGAUCCGCUCGCUGGCCGACAUCGGCAAGAAUCACUCGUCGUCCAAGAAUAUGCCACGUUCAUCCACCAGCAAAAGCAUCUCCUCGGUCAACUCAUUUCCAAUGCACGUCGUUUCUUCGGCACCCACGGGCAUGCACGACGAUGACGAGCCCGCCGUGGCACCGUCGCCCCAAACGGCCCUGCUGUACGGCAGCAAAGACCAGCGCGGUCACUAUCUCGCACUGCCAACAGUUGAAGACCCAUCGCAUACUAACAGUCCACCGUGUAGCGCUACUAGCAAUGGCAGUAACCCGAAUGCAUCGAACAAAUCGACCAACGGCAACAGCGCCAGCAAACACUUAACCGUACCCGGAAAAGCCGCCGGAGAACAUAUGACCCAAAGCCCGAGCAACGUGUCGAUGCCGAGAAACACGAGCUCCGGCGAGCUGCAGAACGGUGAACAUAAAACCAACACACAUUUUAUGCGCAAAAUUCCACCCGGUGCCGAGGCCAGCAACAUUCUUGUCGGUGAGGUUGACUUCCUCGACAAGACGCUGUCGGCGUUUCUGCGUCUGAAUACCGCCUCGGUAAUGGGCGAUCUUACCGAGGUACCGGUUCCGACCAGGUUCAUCUUCAUCCUGCUCGGACCACCGGGUAGCCAUGGGAGCUUCCACGAGAUUGGCCGCGCAAUGGCGACGCUCAUGUCGGACGAGAUUUUCCACGAAGUUGCCUACCGCGCGAAGAAGCGCGAACAUCUGCUGGCCGGCAUUGACGAGUUCUUGGAUGCCGUCACCGUACUCCCACCGGGUGAAUGGGAUCCAUCGAUCCGGAUAGAACCACCGGCGGCCAUUCCUUCGCAGGAGGUACGAAAACGUCCACCCGAGAAAAACCCCAAGGAAGAAGUCGACGAGGAGCUCGAGGAGCAACGACAGCGCGAAGAAGCCGGUCUGUCUCGUACCGGUCGGCUGUUUGGAGGGCUCAUGAAUGACCUCAAGCGCAAGGUACCGUUCUAUCUGUCCGACUUUAAGGAUGGUCUGUCGAUGCAGUGCGUCGCGUCCUGGAUUUUCCUGUACUUCGCGUGCCUCUCGCCAAUCAUCACAUUCGGAGGAUUAUUGGGGUCAGCCACUGGGAACAAUAUCGCCGCGAUGGAAUCACUUGUGUCUGGGUUCGUGUGUGGAAUCGGGUAUGGGUUUUUCUCUGGCCAGCCACUUACCAUCCUCGGAUCAACCGGUCCCGUGCUCGUGUUCGAAGCGAUCGUUUAUGAGUUCUGCAUAAACGUGGGCUGGGAUUAUCUGACGUUCCGCUUCUGGAUCGGGACCUGGAUCGCGAUCAUCCUGGUCGUGCUGGUGGCCGUCGAUGCGAGUGCGCUCGUGUGUUACAUCACGCGAUUCACGGAGGAAAACUUUGCCUGCCUUAUCGCGGUCAUUUUCAUCUACAAAGCGAUCGAGAACGUGUUCCACAUCGGGCAGGAUUACCCGAUAAAUACGUUGGGUGAGAAGUACGAUUGCGCCUGCCUGCCACCAAUUGGGUACACGCUCACAUCCGAAACCGUACAUCAGUGGUCGCAGUACGACAUGAGCACUUGCAAGAGCCUUAACGGAACGCUAACAGGGGCCGACUGCGGCAAGCCCGAGUUCGUGUCGGACGUGUUUCUCAUGUCGAUUGUCCUCUUCGCCGGCACGUACAUCAUCUCGGUCAUACUGAAGGACUUCAAGAACGCACUGUUCUUCCCGGCGAUCGUGCGCCAGUUCAUCAGCGAUUUCUCGGUGACGAUCGCCAUCUUCUCGAUGACGCUGCUCGACUUCUUUACGCACAUUGCGACCCCGAAGCUGGACGUGCCGGGCGAGUUCAAGCGCACGAUCCCGGACCGGGGCUGGAUCAUUAUGCCAUUCCACGAGAACAACCCGGCCUGGUCGUCGGCACUCGCGAUCUUACCCGCCCUGCUCGGCACCAUACUGAUAUUCAUGGAUCAACAAAUUACGGCUGUGAUAAUCAAUAGGAAGGAACACAAGCUCACCAAAGGUUGUGGCUACCAUCUGGAUCUGUUCGUGCUGUCGUGUCUGAUACAGAUCUGCACCAUCAUGGGUCUACCUUGGUUCGUUGCUGCCACCGUGCUCAGUAUUAAUCACGUCAAUUCCCUCAAAAAAGAAUCCGAAACGGCGGCUCCAGGCGAGAAGCCCCAGUUCAUAGGCGUACGCGAACAGCGCGUCACCCACAUACUGAUCUUCCUGAUGAUCGGAUGCUCAGUGCUGCUGACUCCGCUACUGUCCCACAUUCCCAUGCCGGUGUUGUACGGCGUAUUUCUGUACAUGGGCGUUUCAGCACUCAAGGGGCUACAGUUCUUCGACCGGCUGCUUAUCAUGUUUAUGCCCGCCAAGUACCAGCCGGACUACAUGUUCCUCCGACAGGUCCCCAUAAGGCGCGUGCAUCUGUUCACGCUGAUUCAGCUCGCCUGCUUUACGGUGCUGUGGCUAAUCAAAAGCUUCUCGAUCACGUCGAUCCUCUUCCCGCUGAUGCUGGUGGUGAUGAUCGGUGUGAGGAAAUCGCUCGACUACAUCUUCACCAAGCGUGAGCUCAAGAUCCUCGACGACAUCAUGCCGGAGAUGACGAAGCGCGCACGUGCGGACGAUCUACACCAGCUCGAGGAUGGCGAGGACUCGGGGCAGCAUUCCACGGACAAUUUGCAGCUACCGCUGGAAAACGGCACGGUCAACGAGAAAGGCAAGAUCAACAUAUCCGAAGAGGUCAAUCGCACCACCAUCUGGAAGCAGGUCAACAAUUGCAAUGUGCUCUUUACGAAAAAGCAACCCACGGCAAGCGAUCGCCAGAAGCUUUCGCAACAAUUAUCGAAAACGAGUGAAACCGAAAAAAGACUGUCUACUAUGCGCGAGGAAGACGAAGCGGCAGAUGAAACAGGCCGUCAAUUAAGCCAUCAGAAGAAGACACAGAAAAUGAAGCGAGAGUUUUGGAUGAAUUCCCGAUCCGGCAGCAAUAAUGGCCGUGCCAAUAGUUAUAGCAGUACCGGUGGAAAGAUCGUUGGCACUGAGGCACCUGCGAUGACCCGCGGAAGCAAGAGCGCUUCCGAGACGCAGGUGUGAAGGGAUAUUUUACUACUUUAGAUGCGGGAUUGUUAGUAUCCAUGCUGGGUUGCGGUUGUAGAAAUGGCGGUAAGGCAUAGACAGAGAUCCUUUACAAGGCAUAGGCAAAGAUCCUUUACAGGUCGACUUACGGAGAAUACGGGACGCGGUUUGUUGCGAGUGUGUUUUAGAUAAAUGUACCACAAUUUUCACUAACUAGAACCAGACAGAGAAUCAAGAAAGGAAAGGAAAAUUACAGAAAGGGAGAGAGAGAGAGAGAGUUAAAAAGAGAAAAGCUCCACCCUGCUCCUGAGUAGAUUUAAGAUCACUAGACAAAUUAUCCCAAAUAUACCCCUUUACCAGACAGACUUUUUAAACACAAAUUUAUACCUUACCAACUACAAUCGAUCAGCAGCCGGACCGUCGUUAGCAUUUUUUAGGAUGUAAGAACAAAUCAAAUGAGAAAAUGUCGUGGGAUCGAAAGCCCUCCUUCCGCAGAAUGAAUGGAACUAUGUAAAACUAAUUCCAAUGAAUAUCAAGACCCACAUUGAAAAUAAAGCAUAUUAAAGUUAGGGUUAAACGUUCGGUUU